GUGUCAAGUCAAAGAGGAUCCUUGUGUAUGUGUAUGUAUUCGUGUAUGUAUUGUAUAUGUAUUGUGUAUAUACUCGUAUGUGUUUGUGUAUGCAUUCUAUGCCCCAGUGCGACAGUCACUGAAUUACAAAAAUUUUGGAGGUUAUAAAAUGGAGCUAAUAUUAUGCCGGCAUUAUUAGGAUAUUUUGGAAAUGAAAGAUGUUUUGAAAAUAGGUAUCAAAUCACAAAUUCUUUGAUACUGUAUAGUGUCAAGUUAUGUUUACAUAUCUGCUUAUUCUUUUUUAUAAUGUUUUCAAUCAGCGAUGUUAUGAAUAAUUUAAAAUUCCUGAUUGGAUUUUCCAUCACAAAUUUCCAUGACUCAUUUGCGAUAUCUUCCUUUUACAAUUUGAAAAUGACUGUUUCUAUUUUGGCUGUUGUAUUAUUUUUGAUUCUAUUAUCUCACGUAAUUAUAACCGUUUGUAAAACUAUUUUCAUUAAAGUAAACGUAGGUAAACCACCAUUUGAAAGACUGACAAUCGCCUAUAAAUUUACUGGAAUAGAAGUUUCUCAGAAAGAUGGAAUCAUCAAAGAAACAAAAAGAAUCUUUCCCGGAAAAAGGAUUAUUCAGAUCAACUAUUCUGAUAAUAAGGCUGAUGAAAUGGGAAUAGCGUUUGGUGCUGUGCUCAAUGAAGGAGGAGCUGACCCGAGUGAUGAUCUAAGACUUUUCCUGUACUGCAAUGAUUAUAGACUGUUCUUCAUCCCAUCCAUUCACCACGCUGUGUUUGCAGUUUGUCCUAUCGUCUCAUGGUUUGCUCCCACAUAUUGGAUAGCAAUUUUGAGCUUGUACCCCAAGUUGUUCCAGUUUUGUCAGAGGAGGAAUUUGAGUGCAUAUCCAGUGGUGGAGAUUUUGGACAACGAAAAAUUGACAAUUCUAGCUCCUCUUGCUCAGCAGAAUGACUUCGUUGUAUUUGAAGCUGAAGACAUCAUAAACCGAUCUAAUAUGAAUUGUUCCAUUGAUACCAGUGUAAGCAGUUCGUUUUGUUCUAGUCAAAUCGAAGAAAAUGUUAGUCGCUCAAAUAGCUUGGCGAAUAGUAUAAAAACCAAGUUGAAGAAGAAAACAAAAUCUAAUUAGAAGGUUGUUGAUAAAUAACCCAUAUCUAUGGGUUCUUUCUUUCUCAUUUCCAUUCUAUAGCAUUUUAUUAAUGAUUUUAUUUAUCAGCCUAGAACUGUAAUGAAAGCACACUUACUGUGCUCUCCUUUUUGUACUUAACCAUAACCUUUCCUCAAAAUAUAUUAUCUAUCGUUUUAUCAAAAUUGUACAUUAGCCUAAUAUUAAUGACUAAUUUUUUUCACAUUAUUAUCGAUUUUCUUGUCAGUAAAAUUAAAAUUCUGUGAUACUUCUAAUUUGAAUGUAAGAAAGUGUUAAUCAUUUUAGUGAGAUGAUUAAGAACUGAAUUGUAAUGAAAUAAUCAAUGAGUUUCAAUGAUAGAAACAUUAACAUUAUUGUGCUAUUCUACUGUAAUUGGUAAUAGCUUUUGAACAAAGUAAGACAGAACUAUUUAUACAAUCAUCAAAUCAUUCAUUAAUAUAUAGCCUAUAUUAAUCAAAUUAAUCACAUAUUCGUCUAAAUUAAUGUGAACGAUUUUUGCAAAUAUAGCCUAUUUGCAUCGUGUGUUCCUUCAAUCUUUUCUAAAUUAAAAAACAAGACAAAAAACAAAACACCACCCCAACGUACAAUUACUUGCGACUGAUUUGAAUAGACACUGUUAUUGUCCUUUUCUAGAUUUAAUAAAGAUAGAAAUCCUAGAUGGAAUAACCAUAGUUCCAAUAAUAAUUGAUUAUCUCUUUCAAAUUCUAAAAAAAAAUAAUCUUAUUUGAUAAAACUUUCAUGACUUCUCGUGACUAAUAGCACUGGCAUCCAGAAAUUUCUAGGUAUGAAACUGACAACGUUGCUCACUAGUUCUAGCUUUAGAUAAGCAUGUUAUCUGAUCGAUGAUCACGUCAUUGAAAUGUAGUCGUUUGUAGUCGUAAUGUUUUCCAAGAGAUGGGUGCUAAUGGAUAAUGUUUUCCAAGAGAUGUGCUAAUACCAGUUGCAACUGAUCAAAUAUGAUAAAAAACAAUAAUUGAAUAUUGAAUUAUUCACUUCAAGAUCAUCUACGAAUUCCACCUGCAUUGUAGUAUUAAUUUAUUCUACUGUACAGCUGUAAAAACAUUUUGAGUAGUAGGAACUGAUUACGCUUAUUCACAAGUUAUUUUUUAUCAUGAGCACAUAAUAACCUUCUGGUGAUAUUUGGCUAUAAGAUUCAUUAAGCAAUAAUUAUUGCACAAAAUAAUUCAAUUUUGUAAAACAAGCAAUAUUGUGAAAGUACAAGCGGUUUUUGAAAAAUAUUCCUAAAGAGAAGACAGUAGUGAACUGAUUUAACCUAGCUUAGGCCCGGUUGCACAAAAGCCGGUUAAAUUUUAAUCGUGAUUAAUUCCAGGAGAACCAAUCAGAAAAGCCCUUUUUCAAAAAAAUCUCUGAUUAGUUCUCGUGAAAUUAAUCACGAUUAAAAUUAAACCGAAUUUUUGCAACCGGUACUUUAUCGUAAUUUAGUUAUCAAUAAUAAUAAUAAUAAUUUAUUUGUUAUUCAUGAUCAAGAAUAAAUUUUUAAGGUUAAAAAGUUCUAAUCUCUCUAUGUGGAUUUUAAAGAGCUGAAAACUAUUGACUAGAUUUGAAGCUGUUGGAAUUCAUCAAUACUGUAUAACUAUAUCAUUAGUUCAAUUUCCACUUGUUUUUUCAAAUCUAUAUUUCCUUUUCCAAUUUUAUUCGAGAAAGUAUUAAGUUAAUUUGAGAAAGUAUCAAUUAUAUUUGAGAAUAGUCACUUGUAUAUGGGAAGUCAUCACAUGUAAUUGAGAGUAGUGAAUUGUAUUUGAGAAAUCGUCAAAUGUAAAUGAGAAGAUAUCAAUUGAAAAUGAGAAAAUUUUCCAAUUGACAUGUCGAGGCUCUUCUGUAGCCUACAGUACAGGUUUGAUUUGAGAAGGAAAUGAUACUGUACUACGUACACAGAAUUCCAAUAUUACCACCAUACGCUUUGCAUGGGGGCAAAUUAAUAUUUUCAAUGGUGAAAUUAUUUUCUCUGUACUGUUUACGAAUGAUUAAUGAGUAUCAUUUCUAUGUAUGUAUUGACAACACGACUUUUGUCUCCAAACAUUUGUGAAAUAUUGCACUUGAUGAAGAUCAAAUUCUCUAUGUACAAGGCGCAAUUGAAUCUCUUGAUCAACAAUUCGGCAAUUCUUCAAUGGAUUUUGGGGCUUGAAAAUAAUUUUUUAUUUAAAAACUAAACGUUUUAUUGGAAUAUUAAAUUUAUCAUCAUAUUAUUUUUUAUGAGUACAGUUAUGAAAAAUAUAAGUACUGGAAGCACUGGUUUUUUAAAAUCAUUUUCCAAUUACAACUGACAACUUCUCGAUUUAAAAUCGUAUGUUCUCAAAUUGAAAUGAUACUUUCUCAAAUAAAAUUCACUAUUCUCAACUACAAGUGAUGUCUUCUCAAAUACAAUUGACUAUUCUCAUUUACAUCUGACGUUUUCUCAAAUACAAAUGACUAUUCUCAAUUACAAUUGAUACUUUCUCAAAUACAGUUGGAAAAGGUGUAGGCCUAGUGUACAGAGUGAAAAGUUGUUAAUACUUUGUUUAGACUGUUAAUACAAUUUCUGUAUCAAUUUAUCAUUCAUAAUAAUGAAAUCAUUAAUGCACAUCUUAUAUUUUAAGAAAAUUCAUUUACGGAGUAUUCUUAACUUUAAUAAAUAACAAAUAUUAUAAUUGUAAACAAGUUUUGUGAUAAACUAUGGUUCACAAUGUUAUCACAAAUGUUUAUCAGUUUUUAUAAGCUAUGUUAAUGUUUUCUUGUUACUUGUAGUAGAUUAAGUUUAGUUCGUUAAGUAGAGAGUAGACUAAUUAUUAAUAUUAUUAUGUCAUGUUUUGAGUAUUUAACCUCGAUGGUUAGUAUUAUUCUGUUGUGACGUGUUGUUUCCUCAAUUAAACAACGAAUUUAUAAGCGC